AUGGCACUCGACACCUUCUACAAUGUGGUGAACGGCCAGAAGCGACAGUCCACCAAAAUGGCACAAAGCAUUGACCCCACUGAUCGCCGGAGCCUUUGGCCAGUUCCAGUGGCAUCCGAUCAAGACCUCGAAGAUGCAGUAGCGGCUGCAAAACAAGCAUUUCGAAACUGGUCCAAAACCCCCGUGGAGCACCGGAAACAGUUGCUGUCUACCUUCGAAGAAAAGUUGCUGGCGUCCAAAAAUGAUUUGACACAGUUGUUGAUGCAAGAGGGAGGAAAACCACACGCACUUGCUGCAUUCGAGUUGAACUACGCCCCUUUGCUAUUCAAACACCACCGGGAUCUCGACAUCAAUGAACAGAGCGAGGACCUGACCGAUCGGUCCAUCGUCACCAGGCAUGUCCCACUCGGAGUCGUUGCGGCCAUCUGUCCCUGGAACUUCCCUUUGGUCCUCUCCAUUGGAAAAAUCAUCCCGGCGCUGCUGACGGGCUGCUGUGUCAUCGUCAAGCCGUCACCGUUCGCUCCAUAUGCCAUCUUGAAGAUGAUUGAACUCUUGCAUGGCAUAUUCCCUCCCGGAGUGUUGCAGGUCCUGAAUGGGGAUGAUGCGCUGGGGCCCGCCCUGGUUGCCCACAAAGACGUUCCGAAAAUCUCGUUCACGGGUUCUAUCCAAACGGGCAAGAAGAUUGUGGAAAAGUCAGCACUCUCAUUGAAGAGGCUCACGCUGGAACUUGGUGGCAACGAUGCAGCAAUUGUUCUGCCGGACGUUGAUAUAGCCAGAGUGGCGAAACAGGUGAUUUCAGGCGCACUGAUCAACUCGGGCCAAAUGUGCCUCGCCACUAAGCGUGUGUACAUCCACGACUCCAUAUACGAAACAUUCGUGGAGGCCAUGGUGAAAGCGAUGGACGAACUCAUUGUGGGCUCUCCAGAUUCUGAAAGCAGCACGCAUGGACCGAUCCAGAACCCACUACAGUUUGUCAGAGUAUCGGAUCUCCUCGAAGACUGUGAGAAAAGGGGGUACAGCAUCAAAAUUGGCAGAGCGAUGGCGGACGAGCUACGCAAGGGACUCUUUGUCCAGCCAACACUCGUCGACAAUCCACCAGAGACAUCCCGCGUCGUGCAAGAGGAGGCUUUUGGGCCAGUCUUCCCCACCCUGAAGUGGGACAACGAGCAAGAUGUGAUUCGGCGAGUCAAUGCAAUGGAUACUGGUCUUGGUGCAUCGAUAUGGAGCUCGGACAUCGAGAAGGCAGGCGAGAUGGCACGGCAGUUGGAGGUGGGCAGCAUCUGGAUCAACACUACGGAGCUUCCCAUUCCCCAGGCGAUGUUCGGCGGACACAAACAGAGCGGAAUAGGAGGCGAGUGGGGCAAGGACGGAUGGAAGGCUUUCUGCAAUGUACAGAUCAUUCAUACCAUGAAAAGCCGAGACACCAAGUUGUGA